AUGUUUGGCAUUGGAGAUGAUAUAAGGUUGUCCAACAUACUUUUUGCCAGCGAGAAUGACAAUGAGUAUGCAGAAAAGAGUUUUGGAAGUGAUUGCGAAAAGAGCAGUGUGUGGAAAAAGAAUGUCAGACAGUACAAGAUUCUUUCUAUAGACCAGAUAGUUGCGCUUGAGGAGUUUUUCAUAGCCAGGCAACUGCCUAUUACGAAGACAAACAUCAAACAUGCAUCCAAGACAUUAAAGAUUCCGUAUCAAAGAUCUGUGGAUUAUAUGUAUAAGAAGUAUUCCAAAUCACAAGAAAAUGUGAAUGAUUUCUACCAGCAAUGCAUUAGUGAGUUUGAUGGGAUAUCUCGAAGUAUUGAAAAAUGCUGGGAUUUAUAUCUUGAAGGAUGCAAGGCAUAUGAUGGAUUUUCUAGGAAUCGAUGUAAUUAA